GCUUGUUUUUCUGAAUUAAGAAAUUGUUCAAAAUUUCUAAAAAACAAAUAUGACUGAGAAAAAGGCUGUUGUGAAAAAUGUAGACAUGGUCGAAGACAUGAAACAGGAUGCGCUCGACUGCGCCAUGCAAGCCCUUGGCAAGUUUAACGUGGAAAAAGAUAUUGCCUCCUUUAUCAAAAAAGAGUUCGAUAAAAAAUACUUUCCAACCUGGCAUUGUGUUGUAGGGCGUAACUAUGGCAGUUACGUAACGCAUGAAACUGGACAUUUCAUUUACUUCUACAUUGGGCAGGUGGCUAUUCUGCUGUUUAAAUCUGGAUAAAACACAAACGGUAGCCCUUGGUAGAACACAAACAGUAGACUUGUUGCAUGGUAUCUAAUACACACAAGUAUUGUUAGUAUUUUUAUUGCUUAUUCAUUGUUUAAGUCAUUUUGGUACUUUUAAAGUACAAAUAUCGCUACAGCUCGACAGUGAGUAUGAGGUUAAACAUUUUUGUACCUUCUGAAAUAAAUUUACACAAGUUUUACCCAUUUUAAAUUUGCAUGUGUGUUUUUAGCUUGCAAUGCACAGUUAUGUAUAAUGAAUUUCUAAAUCAAGUUUUAUAAUAAGAUUUAUGCAGUGUUCCAUUUAAAACUUAUUUAUAUUAUUUAAACAUUUUUUCAUUCAUUUUAGUCGGUUAUUGGACCCUAGGGUAAAAAUAAUUAGCCAACUUUGGCAUAAAACUUGGACCUCACCCACAUAGAAUCAGUAUUUUAUGCACAUACUAAUGAAUAAAUCUUGCCAUUUAGUUAAAACUUGCCACUAGUCUAGUAAAGUUUCAUUUUAGCCGAGAUGUGUCUUACUUUUUAAUGCAAUGAGAGUUUUAUUUUACCGCAAUUGUACUUAAAUAGGUGUAUUAUAUAGCCCAGGCUUUUUACUUUUAAUGAUACGAAUUUAUACAAUAAUACAAAUUUAUUGCUUAUUCAUACAUUACAGUUGCAUAUGCUUAAUAAAUGGUAUAUAAUAUAUAUAUAUAUAUAUAUAUACUUAUGGGCAUUUUUAAGUAUUUUUGCAUGCAAUAUCUGUUAUACUUUUGCUAAGCUGUACCAGUCCGAAAAAAAUCUUACUUUAUAGCAUAUAAAAUUUACAUACAUAUUGCUUAAUAAUAUAACGGUAUAUUAUUAUUUAUCAGGGGUAGGACAGUUAUUUUCUUAAACACGAAACAUGAAAACUUUAGUUUUGGGAUUUCUGCUUAUGGCAGUGUGCUCUGCCUUAAGUCCUGAAGAAAUUCAGCGUUUGGAGAAAAUGCCAGGACAUAUGAAGCCGUUUGGAUCAGCUGGGCCUUAUUUUGAUAUCCCCGUCGUAAAUGAAUACCCGUCUACCAGAGAUUUCUUUAAUAAAUAUGUAAUAGGUUCAACACCUCUUGUAAUUAAAGGGGCAGUUAAAGAGACUAUUGCGUACAGGAACUGGACAGACGAAUAUUUUAUUCAGCAUCCAAAAUCAAAAGAACUUGUUUUUGCCGAAGCUAGAAAGAAAGAGGUUCGAACAGAAGGUGGAUUUACCAUUUCAUUCCGAAAGUAUGUAAAGCACUACACCAAGAAAGCCAUGUACAUGGUCAAUGGAGUGCCCAAGUUUUUGAAACCAGAUGUACCGCUGCCCAACCCUCUAAAAUGCAAGGAAGUUAUGGCCAAACUAGCAGACACUGUAAUGUGGUACAGCGAUGGUGGUACAAGGUCUGUACUUCAUAACGACGACGUUGAUAACAUCAACUGUUUGUAUAGAGGAAACAAAACAUUGGUUUUCGUCAACAGAUUUGAUACAGAUAAUGAAUGGGUGAACAAAGUAAUAGACCAUCCAGAAGGCUCCUACUCUGGUAUAGACGUCGACGCAGUUGACUUUGUUAAAUACCCAUGGCUUGCCGAUACUAGAUACGGUAUUGCUAAGAUGGAAGCUGGAGACUGCUUGUUCAUACCUUACAAAUGGCACCACCAAGUCAACUCUUUUGGCAACAAUCUAGCAAUUAACAUAUGGUUUAAUCAUCUACCAGCCAGCUAUGUAGACCUUAACAGUGAGAGGUGUGGCGAUGUGAAAGACGUGAUGUUGGACCAAUGUGAAUUUGAGACCAAAGAUGCAUUUUCAGGCACUGUACCCAAACAAGUCAUUAUGUUUGAUAAGAAUUAUGUUCCUGGUUCUGAACUGCCGCAAGCUGAGGUCAAGGAGCCACAGGGUGGGGGCCAAGAGCCACCAGCAGAUGAAGAAGAGGGUGAAGAGCAAAGUGAGGGGCAACAACCUUUACUGUUUUUAGUCCAGGAAAAUUUGUCAGUCACACCCAGAAUUGAUAUCGAAGAUUUAAGAGCUGGUAUGAAGUCGGUAAUUCCACCAUCACUUCAGGCAUGGGAUGACACCUGUCAAUCAACUUUGUCCGAGAUUUUCAAGAAAAUAGACACUAAUGAUGACCAGUUUAUCACUGUUGAAGAUUAUGCUGAUCAAUCUACGCUUGAGGAAAAAGGUGAAGAAAUUGAAACUUUAUAUACUCAGCUGCUUUUUGAUGCAAAAGAAGCUCAAGAUACAGCUAACAAAGAACUAAUCAAGGGUUUAGUCCAGAGGGGUGAAAUCUCUCAGGAGCGAGCCAAAGUUUUCUACAAGUUUUAUAAUGAUAAUGCUGAAACAAAAACAGGUGCCAAAGAGGAAUUGUAAAGUUCUAAUGUACAAAAUGUGCCAAGAACAAAAUUGUAUAACAUGAUUUUUUUAUAAAAAAAGACCAAAUCAGAUAAUUUAUUUUUAAACUCAAUUAAUAUCGUCUCUUUAAGCAAGUAGUGCCACUGUUGCAAUGUGUGAGCAUUAUUUUGUACACGUUGUAUUAUACUUGAUCACUUAUUUGAACUAUCACAUGAAAAAUGUCUUAUAUUCAAAUCAAGUCAUGAAUUUCUACAAAUUUUACGCGUCAGAUGCAAUUUUUUGACAACUGCUUUUUGCUUUUAUGUUUUUGUUGUGUAAUAUGUGCCAGAUGAGAUUAAGUUUGCAAAGAGAUUAUGUUAGUUCCUCUGUCUUCAAUAAAAGCUAUUUCAAUGUGA